UUUGAAAUACCAGUCAAUGUUUUACGAUCAUAUGUAUGCUAAUAGAGGUUGGUCAUCAAUAUGUUGUUAUUUAGUUUAUGUUCUUUUAAUUGCUUGCUCAUAUUGAGGUGUCCCAUUGAAAGUGAUUACCUAAUUCAUUCAUCUGAAUGUUUCUCUCUGAAUGUAAUCGAUUUCUGUCAAUGUAUCCUGAUAUAAGUUGGCACCUCAAUUUGAGUGUCCGCUCAGCUGAACUCUGCACACAAAGCAACAUUAAUGUUCUCUAUUUUACUCUUGCUUUCAACGCUUCAUGCAUGCAGAGGCCUAUGAAGAGGAAGAGGAGAAGCCCAAGUUCAAACCAAGUGCACCCAAGAUCCCUGAUGGGGAAAAGGUGGACUUUGAUGACAUCCAGAAGAAGCGUCAAAACAAAGACCUUGUUGAGCUGCAGGCCCUGAUUGAUGCCCACUUUGAGCACAGGAAGAAUGAAGAGGAAGAGCUUAUUGCUCUGAAAGACAGAAUCGAGAAAAGGAGGUCUGAGAGGGCAGAACAGCAGAGGAUCCGCGCUGAGAAGGACAAGGAGCGUCAGGCAAGACGUGAGGAAGAGAGGCUGAGGAAGGAGGAAGCUGAUGCUAAGAAGAGAGCAGAUGAAGAUGCCAAGAAGAAGUCUGCCCUGUCUAACAUGGGCUCCCAGUACAGCAGCUACCUGCAGAAGGCUGAUUCAAAGAGGGGAGGUAAGAAGCAAACUGAAAGAGAGAAGAAGAAGAAGAUUCUGGCAGACAGGCGCAAGCCUCUGAACAUUGACCAUCUGAAUGAGGACAAGCUGAGGGAGAAAGCUAAAGAGCUGUGGGACUGGUUGUACCAACUGGAGGCUGAGAAGUUUGAGCACAUUGAGAAACUCAAGAGGCAGAAGUAUGAGGUCAUCUCUCUCAGAAACCGCAUUGAUGAAUUGCAGAAGCACUCCAAGAAGGGCGCUGCUGCUCGCCGCAGAAAGUAAGCUUUCAUGGAGGAAUCUACACUCGUGGUCAAGACAUGCCUGCUCCCUGCAUCUCUGGGCUCUGCCUUCAAUCACCAGGCAUCUCUGAUCCCAACCAAUGUUUGCAGUUUACCAGAGGCUAUCAAAGGCGAUCUUCCACACCCUGCAUGACAUUAACACUGUCCUGUCUUAGCAGUAGUUGCUGUAGGAACUUCUCCCCUUGCUCUGUCUUAUGGCUCUCACCUUCCGUUUUUGUAAAUAAUGUUUGGCUCACCAGCUUUAUCUGUUGCAUCUGGCAGUUCAAUAAAAUUAUUCUUCAAGUCUGAUAAACUAGAA